UAUCAAACUGGAAAGAAGAGAGAAAAGAAAGAGCUGAAGAGAGAGAGAGAGAGAGAGAGAGAGAGAGGAUGAAGAACAUGGUUUCUAGAGAGCGCAAGAGGGCUGCUAGCUAUAAGAAGCUGCAAAUGCUUCGUUCCAUCACUAACUCCCAUGCGCAAGGUAAAACCUCAAUCAUAUUGGAUGCAACGAAGUACAUAGAAGAACUGAAGGAAAGGGUUGAAAGAAUUAAGCAAGACAUCGCUAUGGCGGAAAACUCCACUGGCCAGAACAGCUUUCCUGUGCAACUAUGGGUUGAAGCUCAGGACAAAGGUUUUCUAAUCAAGGUGUUCAGCGAAAGAAGUUGUCGCGGUUUGCUUGUAUUCAUAUUGGAAGCCUUCCAGGAGCUGGGUCUUGAUGUCCUCCAAGCUAGGGUUUCUUGUUCAGAAUGUUUUCUUUUAGAGGCAGUUGGAGUAAAAGAUGACGAAGGAUCAUCGGAGUGCUUAUUAGAUGCUCCAGAGGUUAAACGAGCAGUAUCACACGCUAUCCAAAACUGGAGUGCUGAAGUUAACGAGCAGCAAUGAUGAAGCAAAGCUCAUUAUCUUAAAUUCAUUUUGUUUUUGUCACUGGUUCUUUCCCUCUUUCCAUCAAUCCAGUCUCCCUUUUCUUUGUCUCAUCAGUGGCUGGUUAGAUAAGUUCCAAGUUCUUGCCUGGAAUUAGCCAUCGGUGUUCUGCAAUAUGUCGUCUAGGGUACAUCAUGUGAUCUAGAUGAUAGCCAGUUUGGCAGAGAAAUCGAAAGACUAGACGUGCAACAUAUGGACUAUGUAAAACAUGUGAUUUGAGUCUGUUUUUAUGCGGCAGGAGAAAAUAAUGGCGUCAAUAGAAAAUUCUGUAAUUUGUUUUAUCCAA